AGAUGAUUGAAAUGUAAACUUUGGGGGUGCCAAAUACACAACCAAAAUUUUCUUUGUUGAUUGACGAUUCCCAAACUCUGACCUACCUAGAGUUAUUCAAAAAAGCUGCUACCUUGGCCUUGAUCGAUGUCCAAACUCUAAGCGCCAGUAAUUAUUAAGAAUUCAGGAAUGUCUUUGUAGCGCAAACCAAGGCUGUUUCAGUAAGGAUUAUCAUUCCAAUAGGAACCUUAAUUUGAAGAGAUUGUAUCGUUGGUUGAUUUCAUACCAGGAGCAACAACUUCGUAGUUGAUGGUGGCUUUAGGAACAAUCUCAAAAAAAAAUGGGCUGGGAGGAAUCACUGCUUUGGUGGCAUAUACAGUGCCUGGAGCAAUGAUACUAACAAUUUUAGGUUAUUGUUAUGGUAAGUAUCCUGAUCCUAGAGAUCUCAACAUUCUUGUCUUUCUGGCUAUUCAGGGCAUAAAAUCAAGUACAGUUGCAUUGAUUCUACAAUUGUUGAUAUCAAUGACUGCAAAAUCUAUUAAUAAUAAGAUGCACAUUGCUUUAUCAGUUUUAAGUGCAGCAUUAUUUGUUGCAUAUCAAUAACCGUAUGUGUUGAUUUUAACAAUGAUGAUGGGGGGAAUAAUUACAAUUAUGGUUGAAUAUGAUGCAGAAAAUACAAUUGGCAGAAGAACAUUUGUUAAAGAGUACUCUGCCACUCCUGCAGUUAUUAAUGAUCCAAAAUUAAUUAAUAAAAAAAAUAGUCACAAAAUAAGUUAAUUAUUUGGGAAUAAAUCCUUCCACUUGUAUUCUGUUAUACUCUUAUUAUUGCUGUAUCUCAAUUCAUAAUAUUAAUCCAUGAUCUUAGAUUUGUCUCUCUCAUUUUACAAUAUUGGGACAUUUAUGAUUGGAGGUACUCCUAUUACUUUACCUUUUAUGUAUGCAGAAACCGUUUUAAAUCCUUUAUAUAUAAAUGCUGAUGCAUUUUGGUUAGGCUUUGGUUUAGCAGCAGCCUUGCCUGGCCCUUAUUUAAAUUUUGCUAUUUUCUUAGGUACUCACAGUAUGGGCAUAUAUGGAGGUGUAUGUUGCUGGGUUGCUAUUUUUGUGCCCUCAGUUUUAUAGAUAUGGGGAUUGUUGCCUCAUUGGAGUAAUUUUAGAAAGAAUACAUAUUUGGCCAAGUUCAAAGAGGGUGUUAUUUGUGUGGCAAUUGGAUUUUUGGCAACAGCUGUGUAUUAUGGUUGGGUAGAAGCUUGCAAGUAUGAUUUGUCAACUGCCACUGUCAUUUCAUUUUUGAGUCUUGUUUAUGUUAGUCUUCUUAAUUUCAAUAGUCCUGCAGUUUUGACUUUGGGUGCUGCUUUGUUUAUUAUUCGUUAUCUUGCUUUAUGGUAUUAUAGAGAGUUGGAUCCGGUGAUAUUUUGA